AUGGGAAACGACAACUCCAUGAAGUUGACUCAAAAAAAUCGCGACGAGGUUUUGCAACACAUUAACACGGUCACAGAGAUCUUGCCAAAUAUAUACCUUUCUUCAAGACACGCUGCAGAAGACCCAAACACUUAUAAGCUCAAUGGCAUCACUGCAGUCCUAUCACUCACUACCAACUUAACUAAAUACCCACAAAACAUUAAAACUAAACACUUCCACGUCCAAGACUCUUUCUUCUUCUUGUUGGAUCAGGUGUUAACAGAGUCACUCUGCUGGUUAAUCGAAAUGGUGAAUUCGGGACAUAAAGUACUUGUCCACUGCGAAGUCGGCGUGUCGAGAAGUGCAUCGGUUGUAUUGGCUUACUUGAUGAUGGUCAACCAUUGGACUUUGAAACAAAGCUUCUUGUUCUGUAAAGCAAAAAGAAGUGUAGUCUGCCCCAACCCCGGAUUUAUUAUCCAGUUGUACCAAUUCCAAAUCAAAAUGGGCAUUAAGGACACCACUGAAAAUUCUCUCUUUGUCAAAGGGCUAUUGACUCAGUCUAACACUUUGUAUAGAGAAGUACCAGUUAGAGCACUUUGGAACUCAUUCUUGGAAAAUGGGUUUUCAUAUGAAAAAGCUAUUAAAGAUCAUUGCAGAGUAGCUGCUUCGGCUAGUCGAAGUGCUUAA